GGGAAGAGGAUGAUGGGAGGACAUACUAGGGAGAAAGUCAAGAGAGACGGAAAGCGAGAAAGGAAACUCCCUCCGUUUCAAUGACUUGAAGCCAAGGCUCAAGAGACUUUCACAAGAAAGGGAAACAAUAGGUGGAGAACCACUUUUUUGGAACCGGUGUGAGAGAAUUUUCAGGAAAUAGAUUUUGAGGUGAAGUUCCUGGGACCCGGGCAGGGGGUGGGGGAGGAGAGUUAUCGAUAGUGCCAUUGAAAUGGAAAUACAAGGAAAACUUGGAAUGCAUCAUUGAAAAACCAAACCAAACCAAACUUUGUUCAGGGGGAAAAAAUAAACCCCAAAGAACUAGACUUUUUCUUAAAUAUUUCUUCAUCUAAAACUUCACUUUCCCUGCUUUAUUCGGGGCACACACAUCACCCCGAAGUUGCACCUCUGUCUUUCUGACUGGAGUAUUAGUUAUUCGUCUGCUAAGCAAAAGGACUUCUUCAAGCAUCCUGCAUCUUUGGUUCAGAGAACUUUUCUCCUCCUAGUCAAUUUUUGCCAGUUUCACAGGAAGAAUCAAUGACUGGGAAAGACUAAGCUGCCAUAAAAACGAUUUUCAGGAUGAAAGUAAAAGGCAAAGAACUCUCUCACUUGCUGACCUCUCUGGUCAGUGUCUGCCUGGCUACCCUUCGCUAUGGCAGUGCCUGUCCCCGCCGCUGUGCCUGUUAUGUCCCUACAGAGGUACACUGCACGUUCCGGUACCUCACAGCCAUUCCAGAUUCCAUCCCGGGCAAUGCAGAACGCAUCAAUCUGGGUUACAACAGCUUGAUUAAAUUGACUGAAUCUGACUUUACUGGCCUUCACAAGCUAGAGUUGCUGAUGCUGCACAGCAAUGAAAUUCGUGACAUUCCAGAUAAAACAUUUACAGAUUUACAUGCCUUGCAGGUUUUAAAAAUGAGCUACAACAAAGUCAGAAGACUUCACAAAAAUACCUUUCAUGGCCUUAGGAGUUUGACUCGAUUACACCUGGAUCACAACCAUCUGGAGUUCAUAAACCCAGAGACCUUUUAUGGACUCACCUCCCUUCGGCUUGUGCACCUGGAAGGGAAUCUGCUGACCAAGCUUCAUCCCAAUACCUUUGUCUCCUUGAGUUAUCUCCAGAUAUUUAAAAUAUCAUUCAUAAAGUACAUCUAUUUGUCAGACAACUUCCUGACAUCCAUCCCACAGGAGAUGAUUCUAUAUAUGACUGAAUUGGAGAGUAUUUACUUGCAUGGAAACCCCUGGAUAUGUGACUGUGAGCUAAAUUGGCUUCCAGACUGGAUACGGCAGAAUCCAGACACAGUAAAAUGCAAAAGAGACAGAAGUUCCUCUACUCAUCUGCAGUGUCCGCUUUGCACAAAUCCUAAGAAAUCCAAAGGCAAACACUUAACUGAGAUUUCAACUGAAGCCUUGACUUGUGUUAAGCCAAGUAUUGAUUCUGCCCUAAAGAUAAAGAAUCUCAGCCUACCUGAAGAGGGUGACUCCAUGUCUCUCUUGUCCAAAGAUUUUGUUGCACCACUGGGUGUGAUAACUAUGAACUUGACAGACCAGUCUGGGAAUGAAGCUCAUUUGGCUUGCAGUAUUCAGAAGCCUUCUAAGACAUUACCCGUUUCUUUUGCUGAAGAGAGGGGCUAUGUCACAUUGAAUACAUCAUUUUCCACCUUCCUUGUGUGUAACAUGGAUCACCAUCACAUCCAGCCACUGUGGCAAAUUCUAGCCAUGUAUAGUGAUUCUCCACUGAAGCUAGAAAGAGCUCUUUCCCUUACUCAACCACCCCAUCUCAGUCAUAAAUAUAAACAGAUUGUUUCAAGGAAUGAAGAUAUUUUUACUAAUAUAAAAGCAGAACUAACAACCGAUCCAUCAUGGCUGAUGCAGGACCAGAUAUCACUGCAACUGGAUAGGACUGUGACCACUCUCAGCACCCUGCACAUCCGGUACCUGGUAGAUGCCCAUGUCACUAUUCCACAUGAAAAAGAAAGGAAAGCCAAACACAAAUGGACUAUGAUUUCCAGAGAUAAUACUACUAAGCUAGAACGGACUGUUUUAGUGGGUGGGACCAUGGAAUUGGACUGUCCAGCCCAGGGAGACCCCAGUCCUCACUUAGAGUGGGUUCUUGCAGAUGGGAGCAAAGUGAGAGCCCCUUAUAUUAGUGAGGAUGGGAGAAUCCUAAUAGAUAAAGCUGGAAAGCUAGAACUGCAGACAGCUGAUGGCUUUGACACUGGCCUCUACCACUGUAUCAGCACCAAUUAUGAUGACGCAGAUAUUCUCACAUAUAGGGUUACUGUGGUGGAUCCAAAUGUGCAAACUCAUCACAUUAAUGGGGCUGCACAUGAGAGUUCUAUUGGUGAAACACUUGACCUUCCGUGCCGGUCCACUGGGAUCCCAGAUGCUUCUAUCAGUUGGGUUCUCCCGGGAAACAUUGUACUUCAUCACUCCUUAGGAGACAAGCAAAUUCUCAGUGAUGGCACAUUGAGAAUAUUGAAGGUCACUGAACAAGACAGUGGUUAUUUACGAUGUGUGGCAGCUAAUCCAUAUGGUGUUGAUUUUUUGAUUUUUCCACUAUCAGUGGACUUGAAAGGGAACAAUCAAGUAUAUCAAGAUGGAGAAGCUGAUGGUUCUGGGCAAGAUGAACCUAAGACCAACACCACAAACUUCAAGGAACCACCAGGAGUACAAAACACAGCGCCUCCAGAGACUGAUGAGACUAAACAGGACAUUUCAAAUCCAAGUAAAAGGCAGAAUUACAGUGAGCUGACAUAUAGCCGCCAUGGAGAUCCAAUAAACAGACGUUUUAGGGAACAUAGGAGACAAUUUCCUCCUUCUGCUCGAAGACUUGACCCAAGACAAUGGGCAGCAUUUUUAGAAAAAGCUAAAAAACUAGCCACACCAGAAAAAGUAGGGAGUGCCAUAACCACACCCCCUACACAAGUCACUCUACUCUCAACGUUCCCUAGAGAUGGAGAGGAAUCAUCUGGUGUCUUGCCUAUAGAUGAGGAGUUUAUACUCUUGACAACAAGAGCUCUGGAGACAGCAAGUCCAGUGACUACAGAUCCCAUAACACUACCAGGCAGCUCUGAAACCAGUAUCACUCCUGGCAUGGAAAUCUUUCCAAUAGUCAGUCCACAGACUUCACAAACUGCAAGUUCUGAAAAGCCCACUUCAGAUACAAAUUUAAAUCUACCCACAUCUGUUUCAGUACACUUUAACAUAAACGCAUCAAAUAAUCUGCAAGACAUCCCCACUCAACAGUUAUCUUCUCUGCUGCCUGUUAUAACCAAAAUCUUGAGAAAUGAGCAACCUUUAUGGGAAAGAAAUGAACAUUCCAAAAGUAUACCCACAACAUCAGGAGACGACAUUAGCAGACAUAGCAACAUUAAUGUAUCUGCAAAUCUUGAUGGAAAAGAUCAUGUAUUUAGAGACUCUAUUAAUCUAUCUGUAAUAAUAGGGAAUGAAUCAAAUAAUAAUAAUUUUAAUUCCCAUACCACUCAAAAAACUUUUACCUCUAAAUUAUCCACAGAUAUAACAACGAUGAUGCAGAAUCCAGUUUGGGCCACCAGUGCUGUAGCUACCACUACCCCACUAAUGAGACAUUAUGGAAGACGGAGGAAAAUUUGGGGCAGGAGGAGAGUUAUCACCCCGGGUAGAAUCCCAAACAUCAGAGGGCACAGAUAUCCCUUUUUGAGAUCAAGAUUUAGGGUCCCCCCUGAAGAGAGGACACCAUUGCUUCCAACAGAACUUGAUGUGAAGUGCCCAACAUGUACACCUGGAAUGGUGGUCACCACAGCUCCUUCUCAUUUGCUUCUUCCAAAUUCUGGGCAUGUCACCCUCCCCAAAAUGGAGUCUGCAAAAGUGACAUCAGCGCCCACUACUCCAUACCCAAAGCCAGCAUCAGAACUUGAAGAGGUAGAUAAGCCUUAUGUAGAAUUAGAGCAAACCACUCACACAAUGAGAUAUUCUAGUGCAGAAAGUACACAUGUAACUCCAAAGAAUGAAUUGGUGACCUUUACCCCUAUGGCCAUGAAUACAGAAAAAACCCUUUCAGUGAACAUUAGUCACUCAACUUUGUUUAGCACCAUCUCCAGUACCAGAGUGACUAUGAAAGGUGCACUCAAUCCUACAACUCAUUCAAAUGUCAUCUCCAUCUCUUCUACUCCUAGUAUGAGAACUUUUACAAGAGCUUUUAGAAAAAAAAUUCCUUGGCACCAAAUUUUUGCCAACAGCUAUAUCCAAAGAGAAAUGCUUAAGGAGCUCCAUCAUUCUAGCCCACAAACAAACACAAUCACAGUUCCUCCUAAAGUGUCCCCAGUAGUACCCACUGAUGGAGGUUCUUACCAUUUCACCACUCUCUCAUCAAAGGAGAUUCAAAUCCCAGCUAUAACUCAGGAAUUCACUCUGAAGGACAGUAUUUCUAAAGAAAUCAGUUCUGACAAUCUCCUGACAAUGACAAAUCCUCCAUCUUUGUUUUUUUACCCCAACAUUGCAAGUACCAAAAGCUUAUCUAGUACAGUUGGUUUUGUAUCAACAAGUUCUCCCGUUACUGCCCAUCCCUCAGUUACUAUCAUCAGAAGCCUAACAGCUAGACCCGGAAGAUGGAAAGGGCAAAGACGAAGGCGACCACAGAAAAAUAUUGUGACUCCACGGGGUAAUAUUGAGGUUGAGAACUCUGUUACUACUUCAUCAGCAAUCACAACCCCACCCAAUGUAAAUCUAGUUCAACCUCUAAUUAGUCCUAGCAUUUUUACUGUGACCCAAUCUCCUUCAGAGGGCAUGAAAGUAGUUUCAGCUUCAAAUAGUCUUCAUCCACUAAUCCUUAAUGCUACAGAAAUAAAUGAAGGAGUAGCUAAAACAACUACUCAGAUGCUAACAAAGAUAACUGAUACUAUGACCUUACCUAGCAAAAGUCUGCAAAGUACUUUGUCUAGCCAAACAUCAUUCCUGAGGACUAGUAAUAGCAUGGAAGUAUCCAAAACUACCCCCAUUACCUUAUCCAGAAGUGAAGUAACUCAUCAAGUUCCAAUUACACUCUUUGAGGUGAUGGCUCAUAAUGAGCCAAAGCUACAGGAAACCACGAGUCUUCAUAUUGAUCAGCACAUGUCUAAGGCUGAGACUGAAGUACCUUCCAGAUCACAUACCCAAACUGAGAACUCUUUUAGAACAACACCUUUUAUCUAUGCUGAUCCCAUGCCAGCACUGCCACUAACAACAGUUGAACCACAAAGCUUCAAGGAUAAGAUUACUCCUCUCUGGGCAGAAAACCUAUUUUGGCACCAAUCCUAUCCAGAAGUUGCUGAAAGAGACAAAAGUCCAGGAGCAAAUACACUGACCAAAAUCAAAUUCCCAGAAAGCAUUACUCAACAUACUCCAAGGUGGGGAAGACAGAAAGAGAAUGUAAUCAAAAGUAGUCUUGAUCAGAAAGCAGUUCAAGAAACAACUGCAACCAAGCCCCUAACCUUUGGCUCUCUGCCUAGAAAUAGAUUUGAAAAGCCAAGGAUAGUUGGAGGCAAAGCAGCUAGUUUUACAGUACUGGCUAACUCAGAUGCCUUCAUCCCCUGUGAAGCCACUGGUUAUCCUCCUCCCACAAUUCGCUGGACCAGAGUCUCAUCAGGAAUUGUUUUCUCUGAAGAAUUUCGGGAGAGCACAUUUGAGGUAUUCUCUAAUGGUACUCUCUUCAUUCAGAAUGUGAACAUUCAGGACCGUGGACAGUACCUGUGUGUGGCUGCCAAUCAAUAUGGCUCAGACCGGCUUCAUGUCACGUUGUCAGUGAUAACUUAUCCUCCUAGAAUCCUGGAAGGCCAGAUGAAAGAAAUUACUGCCCACUCUGGUAGUUCUGUGGAAGUAAAAUGCAGAGCUGAAGGAAGGCCUACUCCGAAAAUUUCCUGGGUUUUAGCAAACCAAACGGUGAUUUCGGAAUCAUCUCAGGGAAACAACCAGGCCAUGGUGAAAUCUGAUGGGACUUUGGUCAUCAACACACUCACUGUCUAUGACCGUGGAGUUUAUACCUGCAAGGCUAAUAACCCAGCUGGGAUGGAUUCAUGGCUGGUUAAGAUACAAGUUAUUGCUGCACCACCGAUCAUCUUGGAACAAAAGAGACAAUUUGUCACUGGGAUAUGGGGUGAAAAUUUGAAACUGCCCUGUACAGCUAAAGGAAACCCUCAACCCAUUGUUCACUGGGUCCUUUUUGAUGGCACUGAAGUGAAACCUUUACAGUUUAUAAAUGCCAAGUGGUUCCUGUUUCCAAAUGGGACCCUUUACAUACGAAACAUAGCCUCUUCAGACAGGGGUAACUAUGAAUGCAUAGCUACCAGUUCCACAGGUUCAGAGAGGAGAGUUGUCAACCUAAUAGUAGAAGAGAGGGAUACCGUUCCCAGGAUAGAAACUGCCUCCCAAAAACUGACUGAACUGAACUUUGGAGACAAAUUACUACUGAAUUGCUCAGCCACUGGAGAACCCAAGCCUAAAAUAAUCUGGAGGUUACCAUCCAAGGCAAUUGUGGACCAAUGGCACAGGAUGGGCAGCCGGAUCCAUGUCUAUCCCAAUGGGUCCUUGCUUAUUGGAGCUGUCACUGAAAAAGAUGCAGGGGAUUAUCUGUGUGUGGCCAGAAACAAAAUGGGCGAUGACCUGAUUCUGAUGAAAGUUAACCUGAGGAUGAAACCGGCCAAAAUCGACCACAAGCAGCAUUUCAAGAAGCAAGUGCUGCACGGGAAGGACUUCCAAGUUGACUGCAAAGCUUCUGGCUCCCCUGUGCCAGAGAUAUCUUGGAGCUUGCCAGAUGGAACAAUGAUAAACAACAUCAUGCAAGCAGACGAUAGCAGGCGCCGGUCGCGGCGAUACAUCCUUUUUGAUAACGGUACUCUGUAUUUCAACAAGGUUGGGAUUGCAGAGGAAGGAGAUUAUACCUGUUAUGCACAGAACACUCUAGGGAAAGAUGAAAUGAAGGUUCACCUGACAGUUGUUACAGCUGCCCCUCGGAUAAGACAGAGCCACAAGACUUACGUUAGGGUGACUGCUGGAGAAACCGCACUCCUUGUCUGUGAAGUCAUCGGGGAGCCCAAACCCCAAAUUUUUUGGUUGCUCCCUUCCCAUGAUAUAAUUUCAUCUUCCACCGACAGGUACGUGUUGCAUGACAAUGGAUCGUUAUCUAUUGGCAAAGUCAAGUUGCUAGAUUCUGGAGAGUACAUGUGUGUUGCACGAAAUCCAAGUGGGGAUGACACAAGACUGUACAGAUUGGAUGUAGUCUCCAAGCUACCCCUGAUCAAUGGCCUAUAUUCCAACAAAACGGUCAUCAAAGCAACAGCCAUUCAGCACUCCAAGAAAUACCUGGACUGCCGAGCAGAAGGGACACCUCCGCCAGAGAUAAUGUGGAUUAUGCCCGACAACAUUUUCCUCACUGCGCCAUACUAUGGAAGCAGGAUUACUGUAUAUAAGAACGGCACCUUAGAAAUAAGAAAUGUAAGGCUCACUGACUCUGCAGAAUUAAUCUGCAUUGCUCGGAAUGAUGGUGGAGAGAGCGUCUUGGUGGUGCAGUUGAAGGUAUUAGAAAUGCUACGACGACCAACAUUCAGAAAUCCAUUUAAUGAGAAAGUUGUGGCUCAUCCCGGGAAGCCUUUGGCACUGAAUUGUUCUGUUGAUGGAAAUCCACCCCCAGAAAUCAUUUGGCUUUUACCUAAUGGCACACGAUUUUCCAGCGGAAGCUCAAAUUCCCGUUAUCAACUAAGAAGAAACGGUUCUUUGAUUAUCAUUAAGCCAACUAGGGAUGAUGCUGGGAAAUACCGUUGCACUGCAAGAAAUAAAGUUGGCUACAUUGAAAAACUAAUUAUUUUGGAAAUUGGUCAGAAACCCGUUAUUCUUACGUAUGUGCAGGGGACAAUAAAGAGCAUCACUGGGGAAUCUGUAUCCCUUCAUUGUAUGUCUGAUGGAAACCCUAAACCAAAUAUUGUCUGGACAGUGCCCAGUGGUUAUGUGAUAGACAAGCCUCAAAUGAAUGGAAAAUACACAUUACAUGAAAAUGGCACCUUAGUUAUCAGCAGGGCUGCUCCUCAAGACAGAGGAAGCUAUGCAUGUAAAGCUCGGAAUGGCAUUGGUGAAGCAGCCAUCACCAUUCCACUUAUGAUUGUGGCAUAUCCACCCCGGAUUACCAAUCGGCCCCCAAGGAACGUGCGCACAUUGACCGGAGCAGCCAUUCAGCUCCACUGCAUGGCUCUGGGGAUACCCAAACCAGAAGUCACCUGGGAAGUGCCUGAUCACUCGGUGCUCUCCGCAGCAAGCAGAGUCAGGUCUACUAGGAGUGAACUCCUUCACCCACAGGGCACACUCAUUCUUCAGAACCCCAAGACUUCAGAUUCAGGGAUGUAUACUUGCACAGCAAAGAAUCAGCUUGGGAGUGAUUAUGCAACAACUUAUGUUCAAGUGAUUUGAAAUAAGUAACCAUUCGAACAGCUGUUAACAGAGUCAACAUAUGGACAGAGUCUAUUUUGGGAAGAAGUUUAAUCAAAGGCAGCCAUAGGCAUGUAAAUUAUUUUAAAUACAUUUACAGUAUUAAAUUUACAAUGGACAUGCAAAAAAAAA